CUGCAAUUGAUUAAAAGGCCAGGAUAGCGGGAUUGGUUUGUUAGGACUGUUGAUAAACCGAAAGUUGAUUUUUUGCACAUUAAUUAUUUUGUUCGAGAGUGAUUUUCUUUUACUUUGGAAGUUAUGUUCCUAAUGUGAGGGUCCACUAAGUCUUCCGUGAUGGCAUCAAGAGAUGAGGCCCAGCAUGUGGUGGAAUGUGUCCUGUGUCAGCAACCAGUCUCGUUUUUCUGCAGACGAUGCGGGGUCAAUCUCUGUGACCCCUGUGUCCUCAUACAUCUGCGCGUGAAAUCUAAGAACGGCCAUGAUAUUGUAGAUUACACCAGCAAGGAUGAUGACGACACAUGCCACUGUGAUUCCCAUCCCCAAAACGAUUGUUCUGCAUACUGCAAAACUUGCGAAACUCCAAUAUGCAUGCUUUGCGUUACUAUUAAACACAAAUCGCACGAAAUAUCCGAGCUGUCCGAUAAAAUCGAGGAACUUUUAAAAGUGAUUGCUACGGAAAAUGAUCGACUUCAGUCAUUCAAACAUGAAUUAGAGAGAAUUUUGGAACAUACGACGAAGCUGUUGUCUUCGAUAUCCUCGAUUUAUCAACUGAGGAAAGACGAAGUUACAGCGCGGGGAGAAGAGUGGCACAAACAGAUUGAGGAGAUCGUGAAAAAACUUCACCAGGAACUGGAUGGCAUGCAAAAGGAGCACGAAACUGUACUAAAGAAACAAAAGGAAAAAUUUGAAGAAAUGGUUUGGAAAGUGAAUGAAAUAAAUGGAAAAACAAGAAAAUUACAGAAAUCAAAGAAUGUCAAAGAAAUGCAGAGUUUUGUACCAGUGAUUCAGAAACAGGAGAGUUUAAGUGAUGUCUCCAAGUAUUCGUUUCCGAAAUUAUAUGAAUAUAAAAUAGAUGAAUAUUUGGAAAAUAAAUUAAAAGAAAAUGAGUUAUCGGGUAGAAUACUAUCAGAGAUACCAACAGUUUCUACUGUUAUAGACACUGGGUUCACUGCUGAUGAAACGAAAACCCGUUUGUUUGACAUGGCCGUUACCGACGAUAACAAAGUGUGGAUGGGAGGAGCGAGCAGUGAACUGAAGUUGUUUGAUCUCCAGGGAAACCUCCACCAUACCGUCAGCAUUACUACCUACGGCAUUUACUUAUGUAUGUACAACAAACAAGUAGUGUACAGUGGAACUAAAGCCCUGAGAAUGAUAUCUGACACCGACACUGUGGUGACGAUGUUCACUACCGGGGACUGGGAUACAUACGGCGUCACAAGCGCCGCGUCCGGAGAUCUACUGGUCUGUCUCCGUAAAGACGAUCAGUCCAAAGUCGUCCGAUACAGCAGUACCGGUACCGUGCUCCAGGAAAUCCAGUACGACUCACAGUGUCAACCUCUGUACAAAAAGACGGCUUACAUCACUGAGAAUGUCAACGGGGACAUCAUUGUAACUGACUGGGAGAAAAACGCAGUCAUUGCUGUCGAUAGAUUAGGCGUAUUCCGGUACUCGUACUCAGGGAAGGACACUAAAUUCGACGUUUGUUCAGUCGCCACCGAUUCUGUCGGUCAUGUCGUCGUUACAGAUUAUAAGGGUGUCAAGAUUCACAUGUUGAACAGAGACGGACGAUUCCUGAGGUACAUCAUUCCUGAAGGAGGAAUAAAUAAACCGCACGCCGUGUGUAUCCUUGGUGACGGUGAGAUGAUGGUGGGAGAGUGUCUGACCGGAAUCGCCAAGAAAAUCAAAUACCUAGAAGAAUGAGGAUUCAUCAGUUUUAAUCAAUGUCAAAAUCGAAAUGUGUUGGUUACUUAUGAACAAAUAGAGACAAAUCGUUUAUUGUUUUAAAGUGGCUCUGAAAUAAACCACGAUAUAAUCACCUGACUGAAGUACCUACUGUCUGUACGCGGUAAAUCUAUUACAUUGUAUUGUGUGAUUCAAUAUUCCUAUUUCUAUGUUAGCAUUUUUUUCAUUUUCUGCAUGCACAUUUUGUUAACAACAACCCAAUUUGAGUCUGUAAAAAUCCGCAUUUAUUAAGGUCUUUCGCUUCCGAGCGGAAGAGCUUACUAUUAUUCUGAAAAAUUUUCAGAUUACUUAUUAUUUUUUUCUUCUAGACGCCAACUUUGAUCCUUAAUAUCUCACUCGUUUGUUCAUUGAUUGUUUUGAAAUUGUCAGGUCUGAUCAUAUGCCACGCGAUGUUGUCGUUUCAUAUAGAUGAAAAUCCCCAUCCGGUUUUGAAUUAUUUCCCUAUUUUUGUAAAAUUUAACGACUUCAUUUGUCGGAUGGGUUUAGCUUUAAUGAUGACCGGCAGUCUCCAAGAUGGGCUGGUUUGGAAGCUGAUAUAUUGAAAUAGUGCAAGACAAAUUUCAUUACGGGCCGCCAGAAGGCGGUCCCGUUAUUUGAUAUACAUUUGUUACUGCGUUUCUGCGGGAUAGUUUUGAAAUUCUUUUUUAUAUAGACUAAAUAUUAUGCUUAUUUUUAUGAAUUAAAAGUAAAUUUGCAUGUAGAAAAAUGUUUCAUGCCUUUUAAAAAUAUUACAUAUUUUUUUUGUAUUUACUCGUAAAUGUAAAGUGGGUCAUAGACUGUCGUGUUAAGCGUGAUUUUACAGAGACUAUAAUCUAUUCGGAAAUUUUUGGAGUUUUUCAUUGUAUCAGGAUCGGUAUGCAGGACAUUCUAAAGACCUGAAAUACAAAAGACAUGAAUGACAUGAAAUUUUAUAUA